GGAUGCUGCGGCAGGUUCUGCACAGGGGCUUGAGGACGUGUUUCUCCCGGCUCGGCCACUUCAUUGCCAGUCACCCGGUCUUCUUCGCCUCGGCGCCUGUGCUCAUCUCCAUCCUGCUCGGCGCCAGCUUCAGCCGCUACCAGGUCGAGGAAAGCGUGGAGCACCUGCUGGCGCCCCAGCACAGCCUCGCCAAGAUCGAGCGCAACCUCGUCAACAGCCUCUUCCCGGUCAACCGCUCCAAGCACCGGCUCUACUCGGACUUGCAGACCCCUGGGCGCUACGGCCGGGUCAUCGUCACCUCUUUCCAAAAAGCCAACAUGCUGGACCAGCAUCACACUGACCUGAUCUUAAAGUUGCAUGCUGCUGUGACCAGAAUCCAGGUUCCAAGGCCUGGUUUUAAUUACACGUUCGCCCACAUAUGUAUCCUGAAUAACGAUAAGACUUGCAUCGUGGAUGACAUAGUGCAUGUCCUGGAGGAGCUAAAGAAUGCUCGGGCCACCAACCGGACCAAUUUUGCCAUCACAUACCCGAUCACUCACUUAAAGGAUGGGAGGGCAGUAUACAAUGGGCACCAGCUCGGGGGAGUCACCGUGCACAGCAAGGACCGGGUCAAAUCCGCCGAGGCCGUCCAGCUCACCUACUACCUGCAGUCAAUCAACUCUCUCAAUGACAUGGUGGCUGAGAGGUGGGAGUCCAGCUUCUGUGACACUGUCCGACUCUUCCAGAAAUCCAACAGCAAAGUCAAAAUGUACCCUUACACGUCCUCAUCCCUGAGGGAAGAUUUCCAGAAGACCAGCCGUGUGUCGGAACGGUAUCUGGUCACCAGCCUGAUCCUGGUGGUCACCAUGGCCAUCCUCUGCUGCUCUAUGCAGGACUGCGUCCGCAGCAAACCCUGGUUAGGCCUGCUUGGCUUGGUGACCAUAAGCCUGGCCACUCUCACCGCAGCCGGGAUCAUCAAUCUCACUGGUGGGAAAUACAAUUCCACUUUCCUGGGAGUCCCUUUCAUCAUGCUAGGUCAUGGAUUAUAUGGGACUUUUGAAAUGUUAUCCUCCUGGAGGAAAACUAGAGAAGACCAACAUGUUAAAGAGAGAACUGCAGCCGUCUAUGCAGACUCCAUGCUCUCCUUUUCUCUCACCACUGCCAUGUACCUGGUCACCUUUGGCAUAGGGGCCAGCCCUUUCACGAACAUUGAGGCAGCCAGGAUUUUCUGCUGCAAUUCCUGUAUUGCAAUCUUCUUCAACUACCUCUAUGUACUCUCGUUUUAUGGUUCCAGCCUGGUGUUCACUGGCUACAUAGAAAACAAUUACCAGCAUAGUAUCUUCUGUAGAAAAGUCCCAAAGCCCGAGGUAUUACAGGAGAAGCCGGCAUGGUACAGGUUUCUCCUGACAGCCAGAUUCAGUGAGGACACAACUGACGCUGAGGAAGCGAACACAUCCGAGAGUCACCUAUUGGUAUGUUUCCUCAAACGCUAUUACUGUGACUGGAUAACCAACACCUAUGUCAAGCCUUUUGUAGUUCUCUUUUACCUUAUUUAUAUUUCCUUUGCCUUAAUGGGCUAUCUGCAGGUCAGUGAAGGGUCAGACCUUAGUAACAUCGUAGCAACUGCGACGCAAACCAUUGAUUACACUACUGCCCAGCAAAAGCACUUUAGCAACUACAGCCCAGUGAUUGGGUUUUACAUAUAUGAGUCCAUAGAGUACUGGAACACUAGUGUCCAAGAGGACCUGCUCGAAUACACCAAGGGGUUUGUGCGGAUAUCCUGGUUUGAGAGCUAUUUAAAUUACCUUCGGAAACUCAAUGUGUCCACUGGCUUGCCUAAGAAAAAUUUCACAGACAUGUUAAGGAAUUCCUUCCUGAAAGCCCCCCAAUUUUCACAUUUUCAAGAGGACAUCAUCUUCUCUAAAAAGUACAACGAUGAGGUCGAUGUCGUGGCCUCCAGAAUGUUUUUGGUGGCCAAGACCAUGGAGACCAACAGAGAAGAACUAUAUGAUCUCCUGGAGACUCUGAGGAGACUUUCUGUCACCUCCAAGGUGAAGUUCAUCGUCUUCAAUCCAUCCUUUGUGUACAUGGAUCGAUAUGCCUCCUCUCUGGGAGCCCCCCUGCACAACUCCUGCAUCAGUGCUUUAUUCCUGCUCUUCUUCUCGGCAUUCCUGGUGGCAGAUUCUCUGAUUAAUGUCUGGAUCACUCUAACGGUUGUGUCCGUGGAGUUUGGAGUUAUAGGUUUCAUGACAUUAUGGAAAGUAGAACUGGACUGCAUUUCUGUGCUCUGCUUAAUUUAUGGAAUUAACUAUACAAUUGACAAUUGUGCUCCACUGUUAUCCACAUUUGUUCUGGGCAAGGAUUUCACAAGAACUAAAUGGGUGAAGAAUGCCCUGGAAGUGCAUGGGGUAGCUAUUUUACAGAGUUACCUCUGCUAUAUUGUUGGUCUGAUUCCUCUCGCAGCUGUGCCUUCAAAUCUGACCUGUACACUGUUCAGGUGCUUGUUUUUAAUAGCAUUUGUCACCUUCUUUCACUGCUUUGCCAUUUUACCUGUGAUACUGACUUUCCUGCCACCCUCUAAGAAAAAAAGGAAAGAGAAGAAAAAUCCUGAAAACCGGGAGGAAAUUGAGUGUGUAGAAAUGGUGGAUAUUGAUAGUACCCGAGUGGUUGACCAAAUUACAACAGUGUGAUAGUGUUUUCACCCUAGGUCUUAUCAAAAGCAAGGAGAUUAUGUUAAUGAAAUAAU